AUGUCCUCCAGCGUCCCCACCCAAAACCGCGCCAAGGCCUGCCGACACCCGUUCCACUCGCUUCCCUCCCGCCCCGCCAGGCCCCCGCCGCUCGGCUCCCCGGACCCCUCGGGUGCUGCUGCCCCGGGCCCGGCCAGCGGAGCCGAGGCCUGCGGCGGCUGCUCUAGGGCAGGGCCGGGACUUAACGGGUCCCGACCCGCCCGCGCUGCCCCGGGGGCCCUCGGCGGGCAGCGGUUCCCCGGGGCCGCCAGCCCCGGGAGCGAUGGAGCCCGCCCGAAAACCAGGCCAAGGCGUGACCGACCCUCGGGAGUCACCGCAGCCCGGGGGAGGGUCCGCGGUGGGAGCCGGGAGGCCCCGGUAACCGAGACGCUGCUCCUCCCCGACCGGCCCGGUAAGCAGGGCUGUGCGGGGGGCGGGGGGGGCUCCCCCGGGGGACACCCGUUUCCCGGCAGCCCCCCGGGCACCAGGACGCUGCCGGUCACCGGGACCGCGUGCUCCGCCUCUCCCCAGCCCCUCCCCGGUGACCGGGACGCCGCGUGUCCCCCGUCCCCCUACCUGUGCGCGGGCAGGAGCAGCGCGGCGGCCCCGCCGAGGCUGUGCGGAGCGGAGCGGGACGGCACCGCCCGCUUCCCGCCCCGCCGCCCCCCGCCGCGCAUGCGCCGCGGCACGGCGCGCCCCCGGGGCCGCACGGCUCGGCUCGGCUCGGCCCGGCGCCCCCGGGGCUGCGCUCCGCCCGCUUCCUCCCUCCCUCCUUCCCUCCCUCCCGCUGCCAUUUGCGGCCGCACGCCCGGGGCGCGGCCCCGCCCUGUGCCCGGCGGCCACGCACGGCCCCGCAGCCCUGGGGCCGCGCUCCGCCGCCGCUGCCGCCACCCCCCGGGCACCCCGCGGGCACCCCCGGAGCCGCGUCCCCGGUUCUCCCGCCCCCCCCCCCCCCUUCCCCUGCCCCGCCUGACGCCGCGCGCUCCCGCCGCCCACGCACGCGCCGCCGGCCGGGGGUGCCCGCGCGCUCCCGCCCCCGGGGAGGGCGGGGCCGGCGGCGCGCGAGGCCUGCCGGGGGCGGGUGACGUCACGGCGGGUGCGGUGGAGGCGGCGGGGGCCGCGCCGAGGUGA